AAAAAAAAAAAAAAAGCGUUUGUAUACUUACAGGUGUUUUCCUGACUUCCUUCCUUAGGGUUACUUUUUACUCAUGCAUCCUUACUUAAUUUCCGACCUCUUAUCGUGCCUUCCUUCUCAAGACUUCUCCUUUCUUGCCCUCUGACAUGAUUUUUAUUCGUGCAUUAUUCCUUCACUUUAACCUGAUUUUCUGCUAUUCUGGUCUCCUUCCUUUCUUACCUCAUUCCCCUCCUUCCAUACACCUUCCAUCAUUUCUUCCUUGACACCUCCUUCCCUCAGACCCGCUUUUUAUUCAUGCAUCCUUAACAUCCUUCCCGCUGUUGCUUAAAUGUACUUUUCUACCUCUUUAUUCCUCCUUUCUUCCCUUCCGGCUUUCCUUCCUAUCCAUCAGACCCACUUUUUAUUCAUGCAUCCGUACGUCCGUCUUUCCUCUGCUUAAACGCCUUCAUUUCGUCCCUUCUUUCCUUUGUUCUGCCACACCAGGUGUUCAUACAUCCUCCCAUCCAUUGUGUAAACCUGCUUUUCUUCCUUCUUUAUCACCCCCACUUCAGACCUUUACUGCCUUUGUCUCUGAUCUGCUUUUUUCUUUCCUGACCUCGUUUUCUUCCUUCACUUUUUAGUCAUGUGUCCUUACAGCCUUCCUCCCUUUGAUUUUCUACCUCCCUUAUGUCCUUUCAUUCAGAUCAGCUUUUUUCUUUCCUUGCUGACAUCCUAUUUUCCUCUCUGCCUUUCUUUACUUUUCCUUCCUUUUAAUUUGCAUCCCCCCUUUUGUUUAAAACUACCUUUCUCCCUUGUGGAUUUGUACCAACUUUUGGCCCACCCCAUAUUAAACCGCUUUGCUUGUGUGUUUACUGGAAACGUCCUCGCACUGAAAGGCCUGAAAGGUUUCCAGUUGCGGUGCCAGAAUCGGACGCGGAGAAAGUAACCGUUUCUGAACUGAACUGGACUCAAUGAGGGAGCCCGAUCGGGAGGAGCAGCAGCAGCUUGACGACAACAUGCCCCCCAAGUUUAAGCGACAUCUCAACGAUGAUGAGGUCACGGGAUCAGUUCGCAGCGAGAGGAGGAACCUGCUGGAGGAAGACUCAGAUGAGGAAGAAGACUUUUUUCUGCGCGGCCCGACGGGACCCCGAUUGGGAGGCCCGAAUGAUAAAUUCAAACACGUGCAGUCGCAGGUGGACGAAGUGAUCGACGUGAUGCAGGAGAACAUCUCCAAGGUGAUCGAGAGGGGCGAGCGCCUCGACGACCUGCAGGACAAGUCGGAGAGCCUAUCGGACAACGCGUCCGCCUUCAGCAGCCGAGCCAAACAUCUGCACAGGAGGAUGUUAUGGCGGAACAUGAAGAUGAAGAUGAUCAUCGCUCUGGUCGUGGUGGGUCUCCUGCUCAUUAUCAUCGUUCCAGUGAUUCUGCGGUAUCGCUAGUGUCCGAGGAGGAGGAGGGCGACGGGGCCACCCUCCAUCCUUCCUCGGCAUCUCUUCCCACGGUCCCCCUAUCCGGUUGGGGGUGGGUGGGCGCCGGACGACCCCCCUCCUCCUUCAGCGAUCAUCACUAAGGUUGGCCGCCUUCAUGCCUGCUUCGGAGUUUUAGAAAGCGUAGAGUCGGUCUAAUUGGACGCGUCUGUCUUCACGCCAAGUAGUACAGUUCAGUGUGUGACAUUAUCGUGUAACCUGCCAAUCUAUUUAACCAAGGAGAGGAAGACCAUACAGGAAACCACAAUGGAGGACAUUUGCUCUUCUUCUUCUUCUUCUUCUUCAUACUCUUUACUACAAGAAGACUUUAGUGUCCAUCAUGGAAGUGACUGUUCUCUGUCCACCAAUCACUGGACUGGAAGUGUGUAUUGCCUCAAGUGGAUGAGUACCAACAAUGGAAGUCAAAAAGGGAAAGUGUGUGUACAGAACUGAAUCAAAACACUACAGCGCUUUUUUCUUUUUCUUUUUGAAACUAUGGUCUUAACGGGCACUAUGGUUUGGGAGUAUCCCCCAAACAUCAAAGUCCUUCAUCAUCAUCCUAGCCGCCGCCAGUGAAAGGGUCAAAACCAAAACCUCCAUGUCAUGAAUGUCUCUGGGCCGAUGUGGUCAACCCCGACCCACCCCUCUGGUUCGGUUUGGUCCUGGAGUGCUUCUCUCUCGCUCUCUCGCUCGCUCUGUCUCUCGCUCUGUCUCUAUUCUUUUGGUUCUGCUGAACGUGACACUUGUGUUGUAUGAAGGUGAGGGGGACAGUUCAUCUUCGCAUUCCAGAGGUCGUUCUUAAAACUGUGAAAUGAUCUGGACUUAACUACCUAUUGUUAUUUAAUGUUCUUUAAUUUUUUUACAAGCUGUACAUAUUGAUUCUGUAACGCCACACUUUGCCAUAAGCAUUCCAAUCCUUAUUCCUACCCUCCCCUCCAUCUGAAAUAAAGUGCUUUUAAAGA